CUCAAGAUCAAGAACUUGUCAUGCCUGGUGGAUUUCCUAAUGAUAAUGAUAAUACUGAACCUAAUCUUGAACCUAGUCAAGAACCUAGUCAAGAACUUAAUCAAGAACCUAAUCAAGAGCCUAAU